GUUACUAUGCCCUCGAUAAUAUCCCUGUAGUCAGUCAAACAACCUUCUAAGCCCUCCCCAGGCUAUUUCCGGGGUUAGCGAAAAGAUGAGGGGUCGUAGCGAACCCAGCCUCGCGAUGAUGUCUUAAAGGAUGAGCUGAAGGGUGGCUGUGCCGAGGGGUUGCGUAUCUCCACCCUCAAUCUCUACUUCCUCAAGCCAGCAAAAGAAUGUUGUCCACGGAUGACCGUCGAAAAACAAACUCUUUUACCCACAAUGCCAUUGGAACUUUCAUGCUCGUUGUGAGAACGAGAGGGCGUUCAAUCAAUUCGCAUAUAUGUCGUACGGCUGAGUGAUGACGGAAUUCUCCCGCUGCUCGGUAUGCCUGAAUCUAUGGCAGGACUACUGGGACCUUGGCCCUUUCCGAGAGCAUUACUUCGAAAUGGACCAGGACCAUUGCGUUGACGUUGCAGAGAUCAAUCGCGCAAUAGAACAAGGCUGCCCCAGCUGUCGUGUCAUCGGCAAAAUCGUCGAACCAUACAUGCCACAGUUGGUCGGACAGAAAAACGAGCUUUGGCUUCGAUUCAGUUCAAUUGCGAGUAAUCCACAUCCUAGGACGAACAAACCCUAUCGAUAUCUAUGUUUUCGUGGGCAGGACGAAAGUCCGGAGAACGUGAUUGCGGAGUUGGAAGUAAAGAGAGCGGGGCUUGGAUCUGGUUUAUUUUCGGUUACAUCAGAACGUAGCUACUGCCCGUGGGACGAGAUUCAGCCUGCGCCCAGUGUAUCCGGUGACACGGGGUCUCGCAAGGCUGCAGCUCGGGCGCGCUCAUGGUUGCACCAAUGUAUGGAGGAGCACCACUCCUGCCGGACUCCAUCGAAUACAUAUACUCCAACAAGGCUUCUUCGGAUAGAGGGUCCUGACAAGGCUCGAUUAUGUGUGCCGAACAAGCCUGUCGAGGCUUAUGCCUGUCUCAGUCACUGCUGGGGCAAGUUACACAUUCUUAGAACCACCACCGAGAACUAUGAACAACAUCUGAAAGAGAUAUCAUGGGGCCAACUACCUCUUACAUUUCGGCAUGCGAUCGCUUUCACGCAUUCGAUUGGCCUGCGCUACCUGUGGAUAGAUAGUCUCUGCAUCCUCCAAGACUCCGCGAGUGACUGGCGCCACGAAGCAAGCAAAAUGCCAGACAUUUACGAAAACGCAUGCGUCACUCUCGCAGCCACCAUGUCCUACGAUCCCUCCCAGGGCCUCUUCGCGCGAUCACAGGAGGGUUUCAUUUCGAAAACGUACACAAUUCACAACGAACAGAACGAGCCGUAUGAGAUCUAUUGUCGCGAGCCUCUGGAAGACAUCGUGUGGGACAAGCCCCUUCAAGACCGCGGUUGGGCAUUUCAAGAGCGAAUUCUGUCGAAAAGGAUCAUCCAUUUUAUGGAAGAAGAGCUGUGGUGGGAGUGUCACCAAGGAUCGACGUGCGAAUGCGGGUCGCGCGAUCAUGGGCCAAAGAUAGAUUUUGGAACGAUGCCGCGGGUGAAGGAAUUGCAGAAUUGUUCAUCUGCCAUGGAGAUCGAGCUUCAUUGGCAGAGAAUUGUAAAGGAGUAUAGCUCGAGAUCAUUGACGUUCCCGAGCGACAUCUUUCCUGCCCUGCAGGGUCUGGCGAAAUUGGUACCGGCGAGUAUGGGAACUUACCUGGCUGGCCACUGGGAGAGUACUCUCAUACACAGCCUUUGUUGGUCGCUAGAGCAGGCGGAUUCUCGAUUGUUGAUUGAUACUGAAAGGAGGAAGCAUUGGCGAGCGCCGACUUGGUCGUGGGCGUCUGCUAUACUUGCGAUGGAAUGGGGUGAAGGAUUGCCAGUCCAUACUUUCGCUUCAGCUGUGAGUGCACGGAUAGUUCCCCAGGGCGUAGAGCCUACCGGUCAAUUAGUGUAUGGAGAAGUGGUUUUGAGGGGUAGAUGUCUUCGCGGUAGGAUUGCACAUGGCAAGACUCAAGAUCCUUGGUGGGCGGCUUCGGCCCUGCUUAACAAUGGUCCCGUAGAAGCGCAGGCUUCUCAAGUGCCACGGAUAUACUUGUUUGAUGAUGAUGUGAGCAACGUGAGCGAUCAGCUGGACGAAGAUGAAGAUCAUUGGUGGGCUUAUCCGCACUGGGAUUUCCAUAUAGAAGCGGAGCUAGGCCGUGAAGUAAUUGCCAUGAAGAUGGAGACAACAGACCAGGGUGCGCAGCAAAGUUGGUUAAUCUUGAAGGCGACAGAUGUUGAGGGUGUGUACGAGCGACUAGGGUUGAUGAGAGUCGAUGAAGAUCUAGACGAAUGGGGUGCGACCUUCUUCCAGCCUGUUGAAGACCUAGACGACUUGUUUGAUAGCAGUGCAAAGACAAUGCAAGUAACCGUCAUAUAA